AUGGCUGAUCUGAUUCAACUGACGUUUAAAAUACUAAUGAAGUUCACAUACAGAAGAGACAUGACUGCAGACGAGAUUCAGGAGUUACUCGAUCUCAGAGCUUUAGUGGAAUCACUUAUCGGAGAUACUUUCUCAAACCCUUUUGUCAAGUUUCCGCUUUAUAAAUACAUGCCUACAAGCACUAACAGGAAACUGGCGCAAUUUGAAAAGCGAUGGCUGCAAUUCAAUAAGCGGUAAGAAGGGUUCAUUUUACGUUUAAUAGUUAACGCAAACAAGAUAGUUAUCUCGGAAAUAAAGGAAAAGUAAGAACUCUACAUCUCCGUUUCCAUUUUAAUUUUAGUUUAGUUUUGAUACCCUUUUAUUGCACUGCCUUGUCCAUUUCAACCAAGAGGCAAGUGUUUUCGUUGUGAAAAUUUCAAUUUCUCUUUUCUACUUUCGUUUCUUGACUUACCUUUAAGGAGCGUUUUGCCGAAGGAAAACCUCGAGACACAAGCUGUGUAUUUUACAAGCUCCAGCAAACUCUUGCAAAAAAUCCGGGGCACUUUCAGAAGAUGAGGUAAUGUUGGGGGUUUAGACGAAAAGUUUUGGGUUGGCUGGUAUUAUACCUAUAUGUAUAAUAUCAUUUUGUAAUUUCACGUUCGGAUAUCAAAAUGCGAGUGGAAUCUAGGAUAACUUUGUAUAAUAAAUGUGUUGUCUUUUUCCAGUUAGUUCCUAUUCGUUAGUAGUUUUCAAGAACUUUUUAAAAUACGAAAUACGUGUAAAUGAUGUUUUGGUAUUUCUUUAAAACUGUCAUACAUAUUUGAACCCAAGAAGACCCUAUGAGUGUAUAUAACGGUUGAUCCGUUUUGUGAAAAAUUGCUCUACUUCUCUACCUACACUAUUAGUGCGUGUUUUUGGCCUUCCAUAACUGGCAGGAUAGCCAUGGGCCAACUUCUCACGAUUUGUUUUUCCUUUGAGGGAGUCGCUUGAUAUUUAAAUUUCUAAGGGUAUAGUAUGAGAAUAGGUCACUGAGAAUACUGAAUUUUUAUUUCAGUUUAGUUUUUACCAAGAAAUGUGAAACUCAACCUGACAACGCCCUUUUAAUAGAGGACCUUUUUGGAGUAGUUUGGCCUUUUAGGAUUUAACUGGGUACCUAAUAGACAUGUUUCUUUUGAACUUUCUGAGUUGCAGACGUUUCACAUCGAGCGAUUCAAACUCAAUUCCUUUUAGGGCGUUAGUUACAGUAAAGCAGCACUUCUUGCCGUGAUUCGAAUUUUACCAAAAGACUUUUUGUUGUGUCUAGUUUGAACAAACCCUGGAGGAAGCGUCCCUUGCUAAUGUAGACAUCACAUGCGGAGCUGUGGCCUGGCGUCUAUUCCAUGUAGCACUUCAUAAAGAUGUGCAGAAAAAUCUUACAGUUAAAGUCAAGAAUUCCAUUUCACGCGGAGUAAGUAAAUAUUUUAGCGAAUACUUUUUCUUUUGUUGAAGCUGAGUGCAGCCUAAAAGAAAUAGCGGAAAGUCUGAGGAGUUUGUUUAUUGGCAAUGUUUGUUUGUUUGUUUGUCUUCCCUUCGAUAAAGCCAAUACUUUAUAUUUGAAAGACCCGCAGAGCCUUACGAUGUAUUGAAAACAGAGUUCCGAUUCCGCUUAUCACCCCGUCGAUUACGAUUAAUCGGGGAACGAGCAGUCAGCUUCUUUUUACACCCUAAAACACACAGUAACGUUAAAACUGAAUGUGUUUUAAAAAAGUAUCAGAUAUUUCGCGAAUGCUUGCUCAUUUUCUGACUGGCUCAUAACAGAUGGAAAAGUUUUCUUUGUGAUUUUAUAAUUUCAAUUUUUAAAUAACAAGAAUUUGUGCCCGUGAGCAGGCUUCCUCACGAAUGAUGAGGGAGGCUGUGAGCCUUUGACUGAUGCCACGUGAUAAUAAAAUUCAGGA